AUGAGAACUGCAGCGCUGCCAAAUUUCCGCAAGUUGCAAAGUCGUGUCCUCCAUGAUAAUCGGCCGUUCAGCGAAGGCCUCCCUCGCGGAAACUACACCGUCGAUAUAACUUACAAUUUUCCCGUUUCUGCUUUCGACGGUCGGAAACGGUUCAUCAUAAGUACGACCUCAUGGAUCGGUGGCCGAAAUCCGUUUUUGGGAAUCGCCUAUUUGGUCGUAGGUUCAGUUUGUAUUGUGAUGGGCCUCACGUUUCUAGGGAUUCAUGUGAAAUUCGGAAGAUCGUGA